ACUAUGCCUCAACUAGUUCCAUUCUAUUUUUUAAAUGAAGUAACUCAACAACGAUUGAAAGCCGACGACAGGUAGUGCUUUUAACCACGGCCACCUGUCUGCUUGGAGCUCCUGCUCUGGGAUCUUAGUUAGUCCUCAAAUCUGCCUUACCCACUGUUUUAGCCUGUCUCCAACGUAGUCCCUUGUCCUCGCAACUGCUUGCGAUUGCAGCGGGAAAAAUGUAAGUUUCCCGCAUUAGGGUUUGAGUUGGCUCAUUUCACACUGCUCUCACUCGCCAAGAGACCAGACGUGGCCGCUAGAUCAUAAGGUAUCCGUAUACUUGGAUCAGCAUGUCAGCAGCUACUUCAAGAGCUCUGGCGUUGCGCUCGAGCUUCCAGACAGCUUGUCGUCGGCCUGUCCAGAGCCAAUUGAUUCGGCCUCUUGGUCGGAUGGGCUACGCCAGUGCCCAGGGUAAGGCUGCCAAGUCGAGCGACAUGCCAUGGAAUUGGUAUCCCGGCCGCUAUUUACCUCUGGACCAGCGGCUCCAAGAAGAACAGCCAUGCCACCCAUGCCAGCCACGGCAAGGGACACAAAGAAACCAAGGCCGAAUCAGAAAGGGCUCGGAUGAUUCUAAGCCAGCAAAGGAGAGCUCCGAAAAAGAGUCUUCCAAGGCGAACCCCAGCGAGGAAGAGAAGCCAAAGGAGUCCGAUAAUUUGAGCAAAAGCAAGCGGUGA